AUGUCGACUGCUAGCAUCCAUGCCGCGCCAAUUGGACUUGGUCUCUCCCCGACCAAGUCGAAUCUUACACAACAAAUCGAACAGAGUGAGGGCGAACGCACUCCGCGAUGCUCGAGAACAUCCACCAAGGGCUCUCCAAAGCCACGGUCUUUCUCUGACGCUCCCAAGCCUGUUCUCUCUCCUUCGCCAGCCUUUCGAGAACCUCUGCGACGAAUCUCGAAGGAUGACUCGGCGAUCACAAUCCCAACAACACCCUCUCGUCCUCCGAUCCAUACUCGAGGUCUUUCCCUUCAUAUGCCGUCAAAGGACGCCGCUGGAACAAGCACAGGUCCCACAAUCCCUCGAAUUCCGUUAUCACCAAAACUAGAUUCGUCCUAUGUCUAUGGAUCGCCCUCGUCCAUGCUCCCAAGGAGAUCACGAGGGCUGGAUUAUACAAGGGCAUGCACCAAUUUGCACCAUUCUACGCUGGCAGAAGCGUCUCCAGAUGCAUCGCCGAUCACAGGGAGAGGAAUACAAAUACCCCAAAGGAGAAGUCUGGGGAAUACCGUGCUUGAUUCACCAAGCAAUCAAUCAAAUGCUUUGUGGUCCUUGUCAAACGAUAGAACAAACCUGUCAAGCUCCGUCAGCUCCGUGAAUAUGAUGGGCUCUGAUUCUGACUCUGAGUCUGAUACUUCUUCAGACGACAUGGCAAUUGAUCGCGAAGUGGAUGAAGCGAUAUUGAGCACACCUGCGGCGUCAAGGUUGAACCCGGGGCCCAUGCCGGGCUGGGUGAACAGUCCUGGAAUGGAAUGGAUGAACAAUCAACCAUCUCCGGCACAAGCAAGCCUGAUGAGUUUUCAGCCCAGCCUGAUGAGUUUUAGGAGAGCUCGCACGCGGAAGGGCAAAAGUCAACAUAGCUCCAGUAGCGUGAGCAUGAACAGCUCCAAGCCUUCACCGGGGCCUUUGUCACCUGGCGUAUUGAAAAGUGUUGAAAACGCAGGGGGCAGUUACUUUGGAACGGGGCUAACCAAGCAACAAGUCCAGUCUCGGCGUGAAAGUUUAAGUCUGGGCACCAACGAUCUGCAUCUUUCAGACAGCGAAGACAAUACCACUGCCAGGACCAACGGGGCCCAGUCUCUUUCAGACAUGGACGGUGCAAAUGGCGACGACCCUAGAAAGGUCAUUCGCAGAGCUGUCACCCGCAGAGGCAACUUGCUUCCCAAGACAAAAGGCUUUGCUCGAAUCCGUGCACAGCUGAUGGAAGAAGCCGCCCCGAUCGAAAGUGAAGCGCGACGUGAGGCAGAAGUCAUUCGCCAAGUCCAAGAGAAUGAGCCGACCGUUUCACAGCCAAAGUCCCCGAUAAUGCCCACCCAUCAGAACAACAAUUUUGCAGCUGAGCCCAUAGAGGAGUCGAUCGAAGAUAUGAUGAUGGACAACAGAGGUCUGCUUCCUCCUGAUAGCUUUAGUCGACAGGCCGAGAGGAACUCGGCAGGAAUUGGGUUUUGGAACGGAUUCGACGAGCGCUAUCGAACUCCUCCCCCGUCUUUACGACCUCGCGAAAGCUCUUCCGCCAUCAGCGACGACAUGAUGGAUACUCCCGGCUCCUCACUUGUCGACAACCCUGCUCUCAAGCAUUUCAACCGAUCCAGAUCGAGGUCGACCACUCCCUUGGCCUCCAACCCGCCUACCGCGGCAGAUGUCGCCCGACGAGUCAACAACAAGCGACGCCGCGAGGAGGAUUUUGACCCAUCAUACACCAAACGGCGAGCGGUGUCUCCUGGCAUGAGUGUCCAAAGUAGUCCUGUCCUGCCGCAAAGCCCAGUCCUGACGAGCGACAAGGCGUGGUCCAAGCUGCCACCAAAGGGAUCCGGACAUGGCCAUGGUGAUCGCAGCAAUAGCGGGAGCAGUCAUAAUGGAACGAAGAAAAUUGGGUUGCAAGGCAUGACUGAAACGAAUGAAGGUAUCAUGAGCAUGAGCAUCGACUAG